AUGAGUGCCCUUUUCAAUUUCCAGGCGCUUUUACAAGUUCUGCUUUUGCUGGUUUGCUCCUGUACAUACAUACACUCGCAAUGGCCAUCUCUAUUGGAUAGAUACAAAGAUCACAGCAUGUUGGGGGCAUUCUGGAAAUGCGCCCGUAUUGGCGAAAGGGCUAGUCCAUACGUAAGUAUAGCAUGUAUAGUCAUGGCCGUUAAUCAGUUUCAGGCAUGA